GUUGCUCUCGGCGCGGGUGAGUCGGUCGCGCGCACUGAUGUGAAUCAGAGCCACUCGUGUUCGCGCUCGCCGGAGUCAAAGUGAUUUUGAGGAGAAAUGAAACACGCUCGCUGAUCUGAGCUCAGUUCGAGACGAACAUCCGCGUUGACUGGAAGUUUAUUAUUUCUCACGAACGGAUGAAAUUCAUCAUCUGAGGAGAUUUCUGCUGCUGGAUUUGGUGCUCAGAAUGAAUUAGAAUGACCUACAGAUGGUGUCUUUUUGUCUCCGGUGGCACCAUGUUCCUCAAGUAGGGUGGGGGGGUGUUGCCCCAUUUUGCCAUGAAAGGCUACACCCCCCAACGCACCCGUCACCCGUCCAACUGCGAACCGCCCCGUUCUCCCGGUCACCUGGGAUCUCUCUACGCCCCCUCCCCAUCCUCCACCCUGUCUCGUACUCCAUAUCUCCCGUCAUCAGUCAUGGAUCACUACGGUGCCCUGGAUCCUCAUCACUUCUCUCCAUCCCCAAGACAAGGGGGUCUUCCACCCGACUGUCUGAUGCCCCUCAACAACCAGCUGUCAUCCAGCAGUACCUUCCCUCGCAUCAACUACAACUCACACUUUGAUCAGGAAGAGUUCGGCCCCUCCUUGGGGGAAACUAUGGGGGGAAUCGGCACAGGCACGAUGGGCUCCUCCAUGUCUAUGGGAACGGGUCUCGGAGUGGGACGGACCGCUAUGAUCACCAGUGGAUCCGCCACUAUAUCUGGGGCUGGAAAGAUGAAUCGUUUGCCGCCCAAUCUCCUGGACCAGUUUGAGAAGCAGUUGCCAGGGCAACAGGACGGCUUCAGCACGUUACAGUUCCAUCGUAGCACCGCGGUGACGGCAACCAAGCAACAGCAACAACAACGCACGGAUAGUCCGGGAAAAAUCCGCUAUCUAGUUCACUCCGUCCAGAAACUGUUCGCAAAAUCACAAUCGCUGGAAAACUCGGCCAUCAAGAGUAACGUGAACGGUCGCAACAGCAGGGCGUCCGGCGCCGAUGACAAGCAUCGGCGAAGCAAGAGCAAAGACCGGGCCAAGAGCGAAGGAACGGCCAAGCGGAGGCCGCGCUCCAACAUGUCCGGAUACUGGAGUUCCGACGACCUGGAUAGCGAUAUCAGUAACUAUAGGAACCCCGCGGCCAUGAUGACUUUGGCCCGGACGCCGGUGGGAUCCGGACACAGGCAGGACGGUCAGGUGGCGUCCAGGUAUUUCAUGCAAGGCUACAGCACCAUCAGUGAGCACACAUUGAAAUCUUCAAAGAGCAACAGCGACCUGAAGCACCAGGCGCUCCCUGCACUCCCGGGUCCUGGUGGAGGAGACGGAAGAGGAGCGAUGUUUGAUGGAAACUUUGGUAAAGGGGGACCGUGGUCCACGCUUACGUUAGGGCCCACCCGACAAGUUUGCCAAAAGGGUUCGGCCACUCUGGAUCGCACCUUGCUGAAAUCUAAAUCAGUUCAGCAAGACCUGGGCCGCCAUUUCCUACAGGUUCAAGGAAGGAUGCCCUCUACAGGUGAAUGGUUGGGCACCCCAGGCAGAAGUGGCGCGAUGGGCGAGAUCCCGUGCAGACGGAUGCGCAGCGGAAGUUACGUGAAAGCCAUGGCCGACCUGGAGGACAGCGAUGACUCCGAUGGAAGUCCCAAACCCUCCCCGAAAGGCGCUGCGCGAAGACAGAGCUACUUACGUGCUACACAGCAGUCACUGAGCGAUCAGUUCCCCUCCAGAAACCGUCUGCUGGAUUACUCGAUGCUGCAGGGGGAUUUGGAGGCCCUCUGGUCCCCCCUCCACAGCAUCACAACCCUGCAGCAGAUCGGACGUUCUGUCAGUUGUCUUCCGUCUCUGCGAGAGUUCUCCGGGAACAGGAGCCUGGAUAAUCUGGACUGCAUCGGAAGCGGUUCUCUGUUCCCAAACUGGGAUGAUGAUGACUUCAGUCAGGGCUGCAGUACGUUGGGUCGCGGGAGCUGCAUCAGUCAGGUGCGAGACAUGGAGAUGAGCCAGCAUUAUGCAGAUGAGCUGGAUGACAUCGCUUACUCUCGCUCCAAUGAGCCUCCUGAUAUGCCCAUGCCAACAUGCUUCCGCUCCCGUAGUCAUAGUUACCUCCGUGCCAUCCAGGCGGGCUGUUCCCAAGACGACGACACGGCAUCAAUGGAUUCUGAUUCACCGCCACCCACCACGACAACAACUGUACGCACAUACAGCAAUAGCACCGUGUCCACAUGUAUGACCACUUGUAAGAAGGUGGCUCCGCCCCCUGUUCCACCCCGCACCACCUCCAAACCUUUCAUCUCCGUUACCGUUCAGAGCAGCACCGAAUCGGCACAGGAAUGUUACCCCGACCAUCAGGACCGCAGAAGUGAGGCCAACAGCCAAUCAGGACGCAGCAACUCUUCCGACAGUCUCGACAGCACGCAGGCCAACAGUCUGGCCAAGGGUUUACGACCUCAGUUCCCCGUCGCUGCGCCCCGUGAACCCCAGAUCCCAGCGGCCGUCGUGAUCUCUCCCAAACCUCUCCGUGACUCUCGUAACGAGCAGGUAAAGGGGGAAACUCUCGGUUCGGACGAGCCCCCGACAGACCCCGUACCGCGGCGAAAACUGUCCUCUAUUGGAAUACAGGUGGACUGUGUUGAGGAAAUCCAACCUAAAGUUGAGACGCCACCAUUGGCCAGAUUCCAGUCUAUCGGCGUUCAAGUGGAGGACGGCUGGACGUACAGCCGGUCCAGUAGCAUGGCAUCACGUCAAGAGACUGACUCGGACACACAGGAUCUCUCCUUAACCUCGCUCACAACAUUUCCAUCCAACUCCAAAAGCAUCGAAAAGAAAGUCAUGGUGAACAACGCCAGCCAAUCGGUGGACUCUCCUCCACAUCUCUCCCUUGACAACGGUAACCAUGACGAUGAUGAUGUUGUCGUGACGACCAGCGGACCGUCUCGACAGAUCCUGACCAAUCGAUCGACGACGCAGAGCAGCUCGUCUUCAUUCUCCGAGAGUUUAGAUCCGGCCCUGGACCCCUCGUCUCUGCCCCCGCCCGACCCCUGGCUGGAGAGCGGGAAUGGGACCGGGAACGGAUGCCCCGCACAGACGUUGUCGGGGACGACGGGUGGGUCGGCAUGCCGACGGGAUGGUCAUUGGUUCCUUAAACUGCUGCAAGCUGAGACUGGGAGGAUGGAGGGCUGGUGCAGUCAGAUGGAGAAAGAGACCAAAGAACAUCAGCUGUCAGAGGAGGUAUUGGGAAAGGUUCGCAGUGCAGUGGGCAGCGCUCAGCUGCUGAUGUCUAAGAAAUUCCAACAGUUCAGAGGACUGUGUGAACAAAACCUGAAUGUGAACUCAAACCCGAGACCCACGGCUCAAGAUCUGGCCGGCUUCUGGGAUCUUCUGCAGCUCUCCAUAGAGGACAUCAGUCUCAAAUUUGAUGAACUUUAUCAUCUCAAAGCAAAUGACUGGAAACUGGCUGGAGAGUCACCAGAGAAGCAGGAGAAUCAGAAACAGGCUCCUCCCGUGCCCAAGAAACCCGGCAAGAGUAAAGGCGCUCUCACCAAAGACAAGAGCAACGACACGGUGGACAAACAGAGACAGGAGGCUCGCAAGAGAUUGAUGGCUGCUAAGAGAGCUCAGUCUGUCAAACAGAACUCGGCCACGGAGAGCGCCGACAGUAUCGAGAUCUACGUCCCCGAGGCCCAGACACGACUAUGAGGAUGUAUCCGGUACAACGCUCAAGGGCUCGGCCAUCACGCGUCUACUCCCAUAUGAAAGCUGCUUUAUAAAGUGAGAGAGAGUGACCAAAAAUGUCACACAUACUAUAUAUACGGCACUUUUGAUGGGGCUGCCAAGGAAACCUCACAAAGACUCGUAUUAGCUGCAAUCAUUCAUAUUAAUAUUAUUAUACUGGUAUUCAAUAAUGAUUUGUCUCCUAAAUUCUAUAACAGAUUUUGCAUAGCGUGUAAACCGUUAGAAAUGCGCAUUCGUCCCAAUCCCUGGCUAAAAUCGCCGUCUUCCUGUCCUAACUUCCAUCAGUCAAUCCCUCAUUUCAAAUCUAGCGUGUGUGGAUUGAUGAAAAGAUUUGAAUGUCACAUCAGCUGUUGGUUGAUAAUACGAACCAUAAAAUCGAAAUAGUUUGAGGUGUCCGGCAGGUGGCUUUCAUCUCCGUCCUGUGUCAGAUAUUUGUGCAGGUACAGUACAGGGUGUUGUAUUUUUAUAUUCUUCUCUCUUAUGUUUCGUGUCCAGUUUUAAGUGGGAAACACUAAGCUAAUAUUGUAUUCAAUCAAGUGCCUGUGGUCAUUAUGUGGGUAACAUGUAGCAAUAUCAGAGGUUAUAUCAUCAAAAUGAUUAUUAAAUUUCAGGGCCUGUAAAUCCCAGUACGUGUAGUAUAGCCACCGUUUGUGGCCAAUUUUAACAUGAUGAUAAACUGCAAUUUUAGAGCUCAAUGCUUUCAGAUUUGUUGUGAAACAAAAUGUUAAAAAUGUACUCCUCAUCACUUCUGUUUGUCAGAAUUGUGUGUUUUGUUGGCAAGUUUAAAUUGUUAUGAUCAGGAAAUCUAUUGAAGUAUUUAAUCAUUUUGGUAUCAAAUAAGACAUUCAUUUGACCUCUCAUGGGUUAAUUUGGUCUGUAGACACAUUAUUUGUCUCUAUUUAGUAAGAUUGAAUUCAACCGGGCAAUUUAGCCAAACGUCCCCCAAAUCUGCCCCACCUCAGCAUUUAACAGCUGAAUUAUUGACUCCUAUUGUGUGUUUUGUUUUGUAUUAUUGAUGCAAAUUGGAUCUUUUUCCAGUCGUUUUGGCCAUUAGCACUUGUUUUGUUUGUUGACGGUUCUCUCGAAACAUUCACAGCUUUUCAGUCCUGUUCCACUGAUGCUCCUGAUGAUGUCAUAUCCUCUAGUAAUUCAUUGGAUGAAGUUUAGAAGUCAGUUUAACACGGUUCAGAUCAGUGCUCGGUUGCAUAAACUUCUAAAAUUCUUAGAAGUUAGUCAUGUAUUUUUUUCUUCAAAACAGUCAUAACUUCAUGGCUCUCAUGUGAGAAAAUGUAAUGUUAGAUGAGCCACAGCGGAUCUAGAUCACAUCAUCACCGAAAUAAAACCAAGAAAGACUUUUUGCCAAAACAAGCCUGCUCAGAACCAUUUAGAUUUUUGUCUGUGUUCUUAGUUUCAUGAUAAUCCAUCAGAUGUAUUCCCAAUUUCACCAAACCAACCAUUUUUGCAAAUGUGGAAUAACAGGAAAGUGUUUAAUCUUCACGAAAAUAAUGUCUGAGUGCAAAUGAUAAAAUCCUGCACUGUAAAAAAUACUUUGCUGCCUAAAAUUUUUUGUUAAAUCAACUCAGAUUUACAAGUCAUUUCAACUUAUUGUUAUUUAUCUUGACUAUUGAUGAGUUGGUAUAACUACAGGUGAGUUGUUAUAACUUAUAAAUUAAGUUGACUUUUCUCAACUAUAUUUUAUAAGUUGUGACAACUCAUCUCUGUUGACAUGACUUGUAAAUCUGAGUUGAUUUAAUAAAAAAUUUUAAGGCAUCAAAGUAUUUUUUACAGCAUCACAGACAUCUUAAGUAAAGUUUAUAAAUCAGUACACAAACUUUAUAAAAAGAUAUGCGCUGCAUGCCCAUACUAGUUUUUAUUCGAUGCAUUUCAUGUUUAUAUUUUUAAUUGCACUGUAAAAAAAGAUUUGUUGGUUCAGCUUAAAAAAGUAAGUUAAACUUACAACUUAAAAAUAUUAGUUUAAUUGCAGAGGAUUUUCUUUUUCUGGGUGGAUCAUCAAGGCAAUUGCAUUUUUUUUAAAAAGUGGAGAAGGCGAUUCUUUUCUACAAUUCGAGAAAAUCCUCGCUACACCUUUAAGUUAAAACAACUUAAUAUUUUAAGGCAACAUUUAACUUACUUUUUUUAAGUUGAACCAACUUUUUUUCUUUACAGUGUAUUGGCACAAACCUUUUCAUAUGAAAUCAUAAAAUUGUUUAGGGGUUUAUAAAUGAUCAGCUGUAAAGCUUAGUGUUUAUUCACUUUCUGGCUAUGUUCAUGCCAAAGUGCCCAGUUCCAAAUUUCUACUCGGAUGUGUUUUAUUUUAUUUGACAUGAAAUUGGUGUUUCAUUCUGUUGUCCUUAUUUAAGAUGUACAUCAAUGCAUAUUUAUUAUUAAAACAAAACCCAAACUUUGUUCUGAUUUGAUCAUAUCAGAUUCAAUGUGAUUCUUGUGAUUUGUCAUAUCAGAAUUAGAUUUGGGUCACAUUCAGCUAUAGUCUGAAUUCAGCUGAUGUUAAAAAAUGAAAACUGUUUAUCAUGUAUUCCUGGUCAAUUCUUGUUGUCUACAUGUCCAUGGGCUUCCCUAACACACAGAGACAGCAGCGUCUUGUGGAUUACAGAGAUUUGAGAAAUCGAAAGACGUCUGUGUUUGGAUUCAGUCGUGACAUCUUAAGCAUUUCAACUUUGUUCAUGCUGCUUGGAAACUAAUAAACAGUUUUAUAUUCUUGAUAAGUGACUGAUCUACAGCACUGGAACCUUCUCAUCUCUUCUCAUCUGAGAUGGACGUUCUCCUCUCCAUCUCAUCUCUUCUCAUCUGCUGACAGAAGACAUCAGGCUUGCUCCUUUCUUUCUUCAGCUCUUUUACUAUAAAGUAGUUUAUUGAGGGUCAUCGAAGUAAAUGAUCUAAAUGCAAGAGUUUGUAGCAACAAGAAUUAAGAUUUUUAUUAUUAUAAAGAUUGAUAAUCAAUAUUUUAUGAAACAAGCACAUAUUUUACUGAUUAGGAAUUUGUUCAGUGUGUCUAAUAUGAAGUUUAGAUUGUGAAUGUCUGGCUCUUUUGUUUAGGAAGAAAUACAGUAAACCUGA